ACAUAACCAAUGCCUUCGUUUAAACAGAUAACAGUAUUGUUUAAGAAUGAAAUAAAAACACGACAGAGGAUCCCUCUUCGUAUAGAUUCCAAAAAAAUACUGACUGAAACCGUGGCAAACGACUUACCUCAAAAUUCUGCUCAAAUUUAAACGAUGCCGAUGAAUUAAUAAAAUUUAAAAUGAGACGAACCGAAACCAAUCUCUGGACAACUGCUGCUUCAAUCUUUCGCAACUAACGAAAAGUAGAACUGAAAAUGUCUGUGUUUUCGAGCAACUAGAUUCUCGAGCUCGGGACCAGAUUUUUGCAGCCCUUUGAAACGAAAAUUUUGGUUGCGAGUUCAAAUUUGUUUUCAGGCGCUAGGCAAGGAAUGUUUCGACUGCCUGAAAGUUGUUUUGCCCGGCGUGAGUCAACUUUCCGGGUGAAAGCUGCUACGAAAUAUAGCUUGUAGGCUGAAAAUGGAUAGGGUUUUUAGAGGGUUUUAAAAUUUUAAUUCAGAGGCAAUAUAAUCCACGCCUUUUUAGAAUGGCAUUCUUUCAUUUGGCGAAGACAAUACAAGAAAUGAAGAGAACCCAUCAUCUCAUUUGCCUUUUACGACAUUUCUCCGCUUUCACCAGUGAAAGGUCCAGACACCCAGGGCUUUGUAUGGAAGGAUUAGAAUGUAAAUCUGCUAUCAGAUCAAUGCGUUCAUUGACUUCUCAUGUUGGAAGGACACAUGGUAUCUGGGAUUGGAUGAACAUCUUGAACUGCAGAUGCUCUACUGUGUCAGAUAAAUUAAAUGCUGCAUGCUCUGGACUGGAUCUUUUGACGUUAUUUGAAUCAACAUUAGAUACACUUGAAGGUCCUUCUCACAGAUGGCUGAACAUGGAGAGUAAUAAACUUAAGGCAUGGGACACUGGUGGUAUCUUCUUAGCAGCUAUAAAUGUUCUUUGUCAAAAUGACAUGAUAGGUAGACAUGAGAAAUAUAAUGUAAUCGAUAAACUGAAAUUCAUUAAGCAGAGGUUUCCAAAUCUCCAAGUUUUGUGUAUUCAGCAUGGAUUUUCAUAUGGCUUUCCACGUGAUGAUAAUCCAAUAAACAACAUUAUUUUGAAGGAAUACAUCACGUUUCCUGUGCUUGUGUCUUCCUUAGAUUUUAGCAAGGUAGUAAAUGGAGCAUUCUUCUUGUUGUUUGAAGGUUUCAAGAACCCAAUUUCUUAUUGUCUGGAUAAUAUGGACAUUGAAACCAUGCUAUCAGAUAUUGAAGCUUUUCAAGGAAGACGGAUAUUAGGGAAUGGGGCCUCAGAACCAAUUGUGAAUUCUAGUGUAGAGUUGGGUUUGCCAGAUAACUCUUGUGAAUUUGUAAAAGAGCCUGUGCUUUGUGAUAUAUCUAAAGAUUUUGUGCUAUUGUUUCCAGGAGCUGUUUCUGCAGAUGAAGACAGGCAGCAUAUAUUUGUUUCGGACAGUAAUCAUCAUCGUAUAAUUGUAGCUAAUGCAAAUGGAAGGAUUUUAGAUUGUAUUGGUUCUUCUCCAGGUUUUGAGGAUGGACCAUUUGAGACAGCAAAGCUAUGUCGUCCCGCUUCGUCUAUUUUUAGGGCUGAUCAAGAUUGCUUGUAUUUUGCAGAUGCUGAGAAUCAUGCAAUUAGGAUGGCAGAUAUGGAGAAAAGGACAGUACAAACUCUGUAUCCCUCAUCUGAUAUUAGUCAAGGAAACACUAUAUGGAGAUUCAUAAACAGGUUGAUGCAGAGAUUGCAUUUUAAAAAGAUAGAUGAUGAUGGUUCUGAAGAGAUGCAAUUAAAUGCUCUUAAAUUUCCUUGGCAUCUUGCACUGACUCAAGAUAAUAAUCUUGUAAUCACCAAUCGUGGGUUUGGAGAUUUAUGGACCUUAAAUUUGGAGACAGGUGAAAUUAAGGAAAGAUCUGAAGCAGGGGUGCACUCUGUUGUGGAAUUAUUUAGGGAGAAAGCAACAAGUAAAAUGGAAAUUGCAGAUGAAGUAGUUGAAGUUUUGAUAUCCAAGGACAUGCCACAACUAGGAUUUGUACAAGAUUUCUCUGCACUAGAUAUUGUAUCAAGUCUUGCAAAAUUGCAGGAUGUAAUUGUACUGGUGGAUACAGAUGGCCAGAGGAUUUUGAAGGUUAAGUUGGAAACUGGAGAUAUUGGUCCUAUUCAGCUUUCCAAUUUCGGUUGUCUUGGGUUGCCUUACUGGUACCCAUAUGCCAUGGAACAGAUAUCCAAUUGCAGAAAUACUGCAGAUAAGAAUACCAGUGGAAGCCAUCGUCAAGGUUCAUUACAACGUUUCCAUGUCAAGCCAGGAAGGUGUGAAUUAGGAGUGAAUCUGAUUUUGCCAAGAGGUACAAAGCUUGCAGCUUCCUUAGAUAAAGGCUGUAUAUGGCGGCAAUCGAGGGGAUCUGUUGUAGAACUCUCUAUGUAUGAUGGACUGUUAGUUGCUGACAAGGUUGGCAUGGAGCAGCAGUUUUAUGAUGAAUUGGAGAGUGUUCUGUUGGAUCCAGAUAUUUCUGAAGAAGUUGGUGAAGUUGAACGUGGUGAUCAAGAGUCCCACAGCUUGGGGACAUUUAUUUAUUCUUCGGUUGAUGUCAGUCAUGGUGUUGGAGAGAUUAUGAUCGAUGCUGUUGUUUAUCUAACUCUUGACAAAUCAAGGUGUACCACAGGAAACUCUACCACAGACACCCACAAAUUGAUAGAUUUCCAGGACAAAGACAAAUCAGUUGGAAAAGAAAUGUGUAUGUCCUUGCUUUCUGAAGUUUGCAAGGGGAAAGAAGAUGUUUUUAUGAAGCAUGCACAUAUUCAGGUUAGGCUGAAAUGUUCAGAUGAUGCUCCAGCAGAGAGAAAAUUAUCCAUAAAUUUUGAGCUCUAGUGGAAACUUUGCGUUCUUGGAAAUCUUGCUCUUUCUCUAAUCUACAGAAUUAUAUCUCAAAAAUCUGCAAUUUCCUCAACGAAAAAUAUGGCUUUGGAGUCAAAUGUGCAAAUUCAUAACACAGAUAACAUUGUGCCCUAUUUUUAACAUUUCUAACCAUGUACUUGACAUGACUGUAAGUCUAUGGUCUUGUACUUUAACAUGUUUUCUGAUUAUGACCGCGUCCAUUGUAGCAAACUUUGAUCAUAUUGGCCAACAACAAUAUUAAUAUAGAAUGACAUUCAA